AGUGAUCAGGGGAAAGGGAUGCAAAUUCCUUUGGGAAAUGGGUUCAUCACUAGGGAGGGGUGAACUCUCCCUCUCUGCGUGUGACUGUGUGCAUCAUCACCUCCAGGUGUGUCUGAGGGAGGGACACAGAGAGACAGGAGGGGACUGACAGGAGGGUACGACUUGGCCUGCAGGUUUCUCUGCCUUGCCGAAACAGUUGGUGAAAACAUUUCUUCUUCAGACCUCAGAGACUCGCAUCGCUUCCCACCCGCGCUCUUCUAGUGCUCUUCCUGUUACCUCGGGUUGGCAGAGGUAUGGGACCAUCAUCCGGAUAGGAGGGGUAUUAAGGGGGCCGUUUAUUGCAAGGCGUCCAGCCAAACUUUAGUCAAGACUUCACAUCCCAAAGGAGAAAAAAAAAAGUAAGAGAAUAUAUCUUAAGGAGAAAAGAGCGUGUGCAUCAAAAGGACACUUAAAAGGAAGGACUGAGUCCUCCCCCUCAGUGGAUUCCUUUAAAUUAAGAUGGCUUUUUUACCAGAGAAGCACAAAUCCCUUUCCCCCAUCCUUCCCCUCCUCCUCCUCUUCUAUGUCCCUCUCACAUGUCUGUGCCAGUCAACCAACAGCAGCUCAAUCAAUGCCACAACCAACCCGCCAAUCACAACCUCAGGUGGUCCUUUCCUGAAGGGAGUGCCAGGCUGCGGCACAGAACUGAACCCCAUCUACAGGUACCUGUGUGACCGCCGGGCAGCGUGGGGCAUCGUUGUGGAGACCCUGGCCACUUCGGGCUUCCUGUUCAGCAUUGUUCUCCUCAUAGCCCUGCUGUUCUGGUCCCUGUGUAUCUGUAUUUCAUCGAGGAACCAGCGCAGCAGCAUCGGAGGCACCGUGGCCUGCAUGUCCAUGUACUUGUUGGCCACAGCUGGGAUCUUUGCCAUCAGCUUCUCCUUCAUCAUCCGCCUCACCCCUCAGACCUGCCCCACCAGGCUCUUCCUCUUCAGCGUGCUCUUCUCCCUGGCUUUCUCCUGCCUGCUGGCCCGCUGCCUCGCUCUGCUGGGCUUUGCAGCGGCCCGGGGCUGGGGGCAGCCCGCCAUGGCGCUGGGGCUCUCCACCGUACAGGUUAUCAUCUCUACCCAGUGGCUGAUCGUUGUGUUGGUCCGGGACGAGAAACCUUGCGAGUACAGCCAGGAGGAAUUUGUCAUGAUGCAGAUCUACGUGCUGUGCCUCCUGGCUAUCGGCCUGAUCCUCGCCCUGCACUAUCUGCACCGCUCUUGCUCCACAUACAGCUACAGCUACACGGGGGCCAUCCGCCAGCAGAGCCAAACACAAGCCACGCUGCUCUUCCUCACACUGUUGCUCUCCGUCUGCAUCUGGGUGGUGUGGAUCACCAUGCUCAUCAGGGGGAACCAGGAGGUGGGCCGCCGGCCGCAGUGGGAUGACCCUGUGCUUAGCAUCGCCUUGGUGGCAAACGGCUGGGUGUUACUGAUGGGGCACGGGUUGGCCCAGAUGGCCUUCUUCUGCAGGGGGGAGGCCAGGUCCAAGGAUAUCCCUCUGAGCUUUGUAGGUUGGACCAGCCCCAGCGCUGAUAUACCAGGACUGGCCAGCCCGAAGGAAGGGAAAGAAAACGGAAGCUAUGAGAGUGAUAGUGGAAACAGGAGAGGCAGGAGGACGGAGAAAUCGCUGCGCUCACCCUACGAGGCGGGAUUCGCAGUGACAAACAUCGACCCUAACAAAGAUUACACCAUUCCUCGCCCGCAGACCACCAACUACAUGGAACCCUAUGAGGAUUACUGAUUCGAGUCCUUCUCACACACACACACACACACACACACACACACACACACACACACACACACACACACACUCUCUCACACUCACACACACACACACACACACACACACACACACACACACACACACACACACACUAAACUAGGGUGCCCAGGUGGCUCGGAUGGCAGAGUGGGCAUCCAUAUGUGGAGGUUUACUCCUCAACGCAGUGGGCCAGGGUUUGAUUCCGACCAUGCAGCCCUUUGCUGCAUGUCAUUCCCCUCUCUCUCCCCUUUCAUGUCUUCAUCUGUCCUGUCAAAUAAAGGCAUAAAAGGGCCCAAAAAACUAAUCUUUAAAAAGAAAUUAACUAAAAUGAGGGCAGUGGUGGAAUGUAACUAAGUACAUUUACUCAACUACUGUCCUUAGGUACCCUGGAAAUUCUCGCAAAAGCACAAUUUGAAUUUGCUCAGCGAGUUACUCUGGCAACGAGUAAUGCUGUUCAUUAAUUAUGCCCUUGUAGCCGAGCUGCACCAAUCACAUCGGUGUAUCUGAUAUUAGUUCAGUCUGAUACCAGUCAGCUCCGCUGGUAGCUGAGCGUAUGGGGCUCUGGAUGGCCCCGUGUGUUCUUGUGAUUGGUCGGAGUGUUUUCCAACUGCUCGCAGUGAGAUUUUCAAAAGGUGCCGCCCUUCCAGAUGAGCGACUUUCAUUACUUAAUGAAAGACCAGAUUUGGGUCUGGUUUUCCAGGCUAGUCCUUAGGUACAAAUUUGAGGAAUUCUACUUCUACUCCACUGCAUUCCGGAGGGAAAUACUUUUACUCCACAACAUUAAUCUGACAGCUUUAGUUACUUUCCAAAUUAAGGUUGUUGAACACAAAACAUGUGAAAAAAAAUAUGUUUGUGUAUAAAUUCAACUACCCAACAAAUAGUGGAUUGACAGAGCUGUUUUCCAGUUUGUAAAAUGUGAAGCUUUUUCUGCAUUGAGUACUUGCAGGCUACUUUUAAUACUUUAAGUACAUUUUCCUGAUAAUACUUACACACUUUUACUCAGGGAACAUUUUCAACGCAGGACUUUUACUAAACAAGUAACAGAGUAUUUUUAGUGUGGUAUUAGUACUUAACCUUGAG